AUGUCCGAUACCGACGAACCAGCCUCGAAAUUUAUCGACCAAUACAAAAACUACGGACGUACCGAUGCCACCCUACAGGAGGAACGCCGACAGCGAUUGCUUGAGAAACAGAAACGAUGCCGCGAGAUCGAACUGGAUGCCGGACGGCCGGGUUUGCUGGAAGAGCUCGCAACCGAAGCACAUCCGGACGAAUCGAUGGAAUGUCAACAGAACCCAGCGACGAAACAGCGGCCAAAGAAGCGCAUCAUCACCUCGAAGCUGUUCACGAACAAAGUGCAACUGUCUGAAUGGAUGCACGAGCGGCCCGAUGAUCUAGAAAACUGGCUCGUCCGGCCGUGUCCCGUUGGUCAACGGUGUUUGUUAGUGUUUCGCCAACGGCUAGCCAUAGCAUUUAACAAACGGGGCCGUUCAAUUGCAGCGGUCCGCACGAAGCAGAAGCUACACGACGCGAUCGUACUCGACUGCAUCCUGGGGAAGGAUCGUACCUUUUACAUACUUGACGCACUCGUUCUCGCCCAGGUAGAUCUGGUCAACUGUGACUGCCAGUUCCGGUUUGCCUGGAUCGAAUCAAAGUUCUACGAAAACAAUCUCACCACACUGCUCGAACCGAAAACGGUCAAAGGGAACGAUGGUUUUCGGCUAAGUUUGCUACCGUCGUACGAUUUAGCACACCACGAAUCGGUGGCCAACUGUUGGUCUCACUAUCCGGCCUUUCCCGAGGGCACACCGAAGCUGGAUGGAUAUUUGUUCUAUCACAAGGAAUCACACUAUGUGUACGGGAAAACGCCACUCGUUGUGUGGCUGUUUGCGUUCAUGCUUAACGACGUACUGAAGCUUCCGCCGGGGCUGGUUAAUGAGCAGCAUUUGACCGACAAACCGGCACGGUACACCGGUAACUACGCGGAAUACAUCGCCGAGUUUGAUCGUAUGCAAGCGAAACGAAGAAGCAAGCCACGCGCAAAGUCACGAUCGACAGCCAAGAUGGAUACCGCCACGGAUGAACCGAGCGGCCAACAUCCGGAUGCGUCGUUGUGGGAAGCGAUGGAAGCGGCUCCACUCGAUUCGGACGAUGAGGAUUUACGUGCGCAGGAGCAGGACGCGAUGAGACAGCUUGAAAUGGAAUAA